AUGGACGCAUCUGAGGAAGAAGUUGAAGAAGAUGUCGGCCCCGAAGUGGCAUUAGUUGAAAUCGUCCAAAUGAAAACUCCAAUCAUGUGCAAAGCGGUAGUAAGGCCGGGGAAGGAGCAGCGAAACACCCCUGCCCCAAUUGGAGGAUUCAUUCCAUACAAGCAAAAGCAUAAAUCAUAUUCUUCCGAUUUGUCAAAAGCCGAAAAUAUCUUUGAUGAAUUGUUACGAGGAAAGGCAAUCAAGCUCGAUGAAAAGCACAUAUUUCCAAAACCAGAAGAGAUCAAGAACAAAAUGUUCUGUAAGUGGCAUAAUUCAUUCUCACAUUCUAUUAACAACUGUAUUCAAUUUAGAGAUGUCAUUCAGGAUCUCAUCAUUGAAGGCAAGAUCCUCGUAGACAAGCCAACAACCAUGAGAGUGGACAAUGAGCCUUUUCCUGCACAUAUGAUUGGCGUCAACUGGAUUGAAAGACAUAACAAAAGGAAGAAUGUCAUGGAUGUCGGGGAAGAGAGGCCCAGGAAAGUUACUAUAGUGGUACCGGAGAAAUUGAAAGCCACCAUUACAGCUGGAAUCGUAAUGUGUAGCAGGUGCAAAUGCGAAUGUGAGUUAGAAAUACCCGCCAGAGGAGCAAAGAUCGAUGAACAAUUAAUCCAAAAAAGGAGAGAAACUGAGCGACAUCUUAGCAAGAUGGUGACCCGAUCGUAUAGACCUUUCAGCCCGAGAGAGGGCCCGAACAAGUCUUAUGAGACAUUUCGAAAGAUAGACAAAAGGGUUGCAGACGAAGACUCUCCUCAAAGGACUUUUGAGUCCACAAGAUUGGAAGAAAGAGACAAGGAAGCGAUCGGAUGCAACAAGCUGUCUACCACCUCCAAUUCGACCAAUGUCAGGCCACCUAGCUCGAUAAAAGCAGCAUUGAUUCAAGAUGGGAAGUGGUAUCUGGUGGGGAAAGGAGGCAAGCCAGGGAGAGAACUAACCAAUACCCAGGCCCAACAGAUCAAAAGGCAAUAUGGGAAGGCCAUAAGAGAUAUGGAGAAUCAGACGGCUCAAUCAAGUCCACAGAGGACCCAAGGACAUACUAGGUACGAGUCUCAGAAUAAAGGAAGAUCAACAAUAGGGAUGCUCAGACCUAAGGGUUCACACGUAUUCACCACCCAAUCAAAGAUGACCGAACUAAGGCUACUUUUGGAAAAUAAAAAAGCAGCGAAAGAAAAGGAACAUGGACUACCUUAA